UUCAUUGUUUUUCAACGUGUUUCUGACAGAAGCGUUUUUUUUACAGUAAAAAAUAUUAUUAUAAAAUAAUAGUUUGUUAAAAGUUUAUUAAACAUUAUUAAAAGAAGGAAAUUUUAAUAGACGAAAUUCUUUUUCGAAAUGAUUUUGUUUAUAGAAAACUAAUAUCGUUAUCCUCGGAUUCUCUAAUAAUAAACAAAACUUAACCUAAAAAGAUGUCUUGUGGAAACUGGAAAAUUAAAAACAUUAAACAGAAAUGUUUAAAUAAAGAUAAUAGUAGCUCUUUAUUUGACAUUAAAGAUAUAAAAAUGAAAAAGGAAUCUGAAACUGUUGGAUCUAGAUCAUCUAUUAUAAAGAAUAAUGCAGAAAAUCCUGAUCAAAAGUCAAAAAUGUUUAAAAAUAGAAAAAGGAACGAAAAGAGUGAUGGUAAAAAUAGUAAAAAUAAAAGGAGAUAUUUAUGUGAUGAUGAUGAUGAUGAUGAUGACCAUUGUCAUGUUGAUCAAGAAGUGGUCUCAAAGUCAGAAACAUUGGUUAUGAAAAAGAAGGAAAGAAAAGAUUUGGACAAUGACAAUGAAGAAUUGGAUCAAAGAAUAAGAACAAAUAAUCGUAAAAGAAAAAAAGAUACCGAUGAUAUUGAUGAUUAUCGUAGUAGUCAAGAUUCAAUGGACUCAAAGUCAGAGGAAAUGAGCGAAAAUCAACAGCAGCAGAAAAAGAAGAUGAAAAUGGACAAAGAAGAAAAUGUCGAGAAAAAGAAGAGGGAACAAAUUUUAUCUGAUGAGACUGAUGAAGAUGACGAUUUGUUAAAAUUGGAACUGAGCGAAAAACAGCAGCAGAAGAAGAAUAAGGAAAUAAAUGUUGAGAAAAAGAAGAAGAGGGUACAAAUUUUAUCUAAUAAAAGUGAUGAAGAAGAAGAAGAUAAUGAUGAUGAUGAUGAGGAUUUGGUAAAAUUCGAAGUGAGCGAAAAACAACAGAAGAAGAACAAAGAGGAAAAUGUUGAGAAAAAGAGGGUACAAAUUUUAUCUGAUAAAAGUGAUGAAGAAGAAGAAGAAGAAGAUAAUGAUGAUGAUGAGGAUUUGGUAAAAUUCGAAGUGAGCGAAAAACAACAGAAGAACAAAGAGGAAAAUGUUGAGAAAAGGAAGAAGAGGGUACAAAUUUUAUCUGAUGAAAGUGAUGAAGAUGAUGAUGAUGAUAUGAAAAAAUUGGAACUGAGCGAAAAACAACAGCCGACGAACGAGGAAGAAAUUGUUCAGGAAAGGAAGAAAAGGGUACAAAUCUCAUCUGACGAAACUGAUGAAGAAAAAUUGAAAGAUGACAUAAAAGAAGGAAAUCAAGAUAAACUUAAAAAUAAAAAGAAAGCAUUAGUUGUUAAUGGCGAAAAUCCACAGAAGAAAAUCAAGAAAAAGAAUUGCAAUACAAGGAGAAAAGUACCAGAGAAAUUUGAUAAAGAAAAUAAUAAUUUUGAAAAAUUGGCUGGAGAAAUUGAAGAACAAAAUCUUGACAGAAAUAGAUCAAAUAAUAGUAAUUCCAACGCGGAAUUUGACGAAGAAAUAAUAUUGGAAGCAAAAGAGAAAAAUGAAAGGUUUGAUGAAAUUCUUGACGAACAAAAAAAGAAGAAUUCAACUCCCGAGAUGGAUAUAGACGUGUUGCGGACUUUAAUAGUUAAAUUAAUUCACGAAGUACCAGAACAACACUUACUUGAAUCAUCUGCCGGCUCUCAUGCACCUAGUCCAGAAACAAUUCGACGUUUUCGAAAAUUUGUCGAGUUAAAAAAAGGCACUUACACCCCAGGAGAGGAUCGAAUUAUUAAAAAAAACUGGAAACAGUUCUGCAAACUCCACGAUUGGGAUCCUCAAAAUUACGAACCACUUUUAAAUUGGCGGCAAGAUUCUAAAUUAAUAGUGAGAAACGUAAACGAGAGGAAAAGAUUUGUACAAUUUUUAGCGAAUGGCCUACCAAACAGAACAUUAUACAGCGUUUAUCAUCGAUUUAAAAAUAUACACGCUGAUCAUUUACAAACCAGGUAUACGUAUGACGAAGACGAAGCGAUAAUCAAAUACAUUGAAGAAAAUUCAAAUUCAAAUAAUCAAACGCACGUGUUUGCCGAUUUAGCGAAAAUAUUAAAAAGAACGAGAGCUUCAGUUUGGCGGAGAUAUCGAUUAUUAAAAAAGAAAAGAUUUGAUGAAUAACACUUUUUAUAUCUCGAAGUAUUUUUAUCCACUUAUUUCUUAAUUGAAAGAUUUUUAAUUGCCAAUGAAUUUUAUAUAAGAGAAUAAUAAAGAAAAUAUAUUUAUUA